CCGGCGGCCGGGGCAUGGAGAGCCUGCUGGAGAACCCGGUGCGCGCCGUGCUCUACCUGAAGGAGCUCACCGCCAUCGUGCAGAACCAGCAGAGCCUCAUCCAUACCCAGCGCCAGCGCAUCGACGAGCUGGAGCGGCGGCUGGACGAGCUGAGCACCGAGAACCGCAGCCUCCGCGGGCAGCAGCAGCAGCAGCAGCAGCAGCAGCAGCCGGCCCCCGCCGAGCCGCCGGCGGCCCCCGCCGAGCCGCCCCAGGGUCCCCCUCCCGAGCAGCCCUCGGCGCCGCCGGGCCAGUCCGAGCCGCUUCAGCACCACCAACAGCUCCCGGCUCAGCCGCCGCCGCCCGCGGGCAGAGCGGCACCGGCGGGGCCCGGCGGCGGCGGGCGGGCUGCCGGCCACCAGCACCCCGCGGCGCAGCCCCACCAGCACCCCGCCGAGAAGGACGGCAGGGACAAGGGCUGCUGUGCCGCGCUGCUCCAGCACAAGCCCCCCCAGGCCAUCGGCAAAGGCGUCCUGAGCCGGAGAGCGGAGAAUGAAACUGUUUUGCACCAGUUCUGUUGUCCAGCAGCUGACACAGAGCAGAAGCCUUCAUCUCCAGACUCCUCACCAAGUGACGAUCCCAGCGGUUCCACAAGCAAGAGAGCCGGGUGUGAAACGGAGGAUCCGAAGGAGGCCGGCAGACAGAGUGGCCAGGAAGGCAGGUCCGACUCCGUGCCGCUAAAAGCCCAGCAUGCGGAGCUCCAAGAAGAGCAGGCAGCGGGGUGUUCCCCCCUGGUGCAGAAGGCGAGCCUCCACCACACGGGCUCCCCAGUGAGAGUGCAGCGCAGCAAAGGGACGGCCUCGUGUUCCCAUGCGGCUGCCUCCGAUUAUGAGCUCUCCCUUGACCUAAAGAAUAAACAGAUCGAAAUGCUAGAACACAAAUACGGCGGCCACCUGGUGUCCCGCAGGGCAGCUUGCACCAUCCAGACCGCCUUCCGGCAGUACCAGCUCAGCAAGAACUUUGAGAAGAUCCGCAACUCCCUGCUGGAGAGCCGCAUGCCGCGCCGCAUCUCCCUGAGGAAAGUCCGCGUCCAGAACUCGGAGAGCUUCUCCGCGGAGAAAGCCCUGGUGGAGGGGUACAACUUUGUGGGCAUCCCGCUGGUGAGGUCCCCGUCCUUGCCAGCCACUAUCAGUGGGGCACUAACUGAGCUGGAGGACUCCUUCACAGAACAAGUUCAGUCCCUGGCGAAAUCCAUCGACGAUGCCCUCAGCACCUGGAGCCUGAAGACCAUGUGCUCCCUGCAAGAUGGGGGCUCGUACCAGAUCAGGGAGACCUUCAGCGCCAGCUCCAUGCAGCCAAACCAAGACUUAGAGGCUGAGCUACAGGAUCAGGAGAAGGAGGAAGGUCUCCUGCCAGAUACUCUACCCAAGAGCAGCAGCACUCUCAUGAUGGCUUUUCGAGAUGUCACAGUUCAGAUCGACAACAAGAACAUCUCUGUCUCAUCAUCUACCUCGGUGUCCAUGGCAAACUGUCUCAGCAGCAACGACCAGGCUGGGCUCUCUCCAGCUACCAAGGCUGAAGAAAGCCCAGGAGAAGCGGAGGGAGAAGCCAGUGAACUACUGUCUGCCCCAGAGAGCUUACCUGAGAACAGCCUCACUUCCACCGAGGUGGAUGUCAGCACUAAUGGCACAGGGGACAGCAGCGCUGAGCCGGAUCAGAUGGCGGUGCAGAAGCUCCAGUUUGAUGCAAGCAAUGAGGCAGGACAAAGCAAAGGCUUGGAGUCUGAAAAUGCAGACAACUCAGAGCAGCUGAGCAGCAGCAGCACCUCCACCUCAGCCAAGUCAGCCUCUGAGGUGUCCUCAAAGGAAGCCUUGCAGGCCAUGAUCCUCAGUCUGCCGCGGUACCACUGCGAAAACCCAGCCAGCUGCAAGUCCCCCACACUCUCCACAGACACCAUGAGGAAACGCCUUUACCGCAUUGGACUGAACCUCUUCAACAUAAACCCAGACAAAGGGAUCCAGUUCCUGAUCUCCCGAGGCUUCAUCCCAGACACCCCCAUUGGGGUGGCACACUUUCUGCUGCAGCGGAAGGGCCUCAGCCGACAGAUGAUUGGGGAAUUCCUGGGCAACAGCAAGAAGCAGUUCAACAGGGAUGUUCUGGACUGUGUGGUGGACGAGAUGGACUUCUCAGGCAUGGAGCUGGACGAAGCCCUGCGGAAGUUCCAGGCCCACAUCCGUGUGCAGGGGGAGGCGCAGAAGGUGGAGCGGCUGAUCGAGGCUUUCAGCCAGAGGUACUGCAUGUGCAACCCAGAUGUGGUCCAGCAGUUUCACAACCCGGACACCAUCUUCAUCUUGGCCUUUGCAAUCAUCCUCCUCAACACAGACAUGUACAGCCCCAACAUCAAGCCUGACAGGAAGAUGAUGCUGGAGGACUUCAUUCGUAAUCUGAGAGGGGUGGACGACGGUGCUGACAUCCCUCGGGAGCUGGUGGUGGGGAUCUAUGAGAGGAUCCAGCAGAAAGAGCUAAAAUCUAAUGAGGACCAUGUAACUUAUGUCACCAAAGUGGAGAAGUCCAUAGUUGGAAUGAAAACGGUGCUGUCGGUGCCCCACCGCCGGCUGGUGUGCUGCAGCCGCCUCUUCGAAGUGACCGACGUGAACAAAGUGCAGAAGCAGGCAGCUCACCAAAGGGAAGUCUUCCUCUUCAAUGACCUGCUGGUGAUCCUCAAGCUUUGCCCGAAGAAGAAAAGCUCCUCAACAUACACAUUUUGCAAGUCAGUCGGCCUGCUAGGGAUGCAGUUCCAUCUCUUUGAGAAUGAGUAUUACCCCCAUGGCAUUACACUGGUGACUCCAGUAUCAGGCUCAGAGAAAAAACAGGUACUACACUUCUGUGCUCUGGGUGCUGAGGAAAUGCAGAAGUUUGUGGAAGACCUGAAAGAGUCAAUAGCAGAAGUGACAGAACUGGAACAGAUACGAAUUGAAUGGGAGCUGGAGAAACAGCAAGGGACGAAGACUCUCUCCUUAAGGACCAAUGGAGCCCAGAUGGAGCUGCAGUCUAAGCAAGGCUCUCCAACAGGGAAGAAGGAUUUGGGGGAGAAGGUCUCGGACAGCACAGUGGAGGUGUCAAUUCACAACAGGCUUCAAACGUACCAGCACAACUCCGCCCUGGGGCCCGAGAGUGGAAUGCAGCCCAGCAUGCGUCUUAACAUGCCACGGGAGCAGCUGGAGACAGCACUGGUGCCCUCGCACCCCGCCUCGGCGGGGACACUUGUACAGUGCCAGCAGAUUGUCAAAGUCAUUGUCUUGGACAAGCCGUGCCUGGCUCGGAUGGAGCCGGCCCUCAACCAGACUCUGACACGCUACGUCACCUCCGACUCCUGCACCUCCACGCCCUGGCGCGGUGUGGGCAGUGGGCUCCCUGGGACCCCCAUGAAGCUGGUCCAUCAGCCUCCCCUGCCACCUCCACCCCCUCCCUACAACCACCCCCACCAGUACUGCCCCCCCAGCUCGCUGCUUCAGAGGCGCAGGUAUUCCAGUGGCUCUCGCAGCCUCGUGUAGCCACACCACCAGCACCAAACAGCACAGACUUCCUCGCUUCCCUUCCCCACCAUCUCCCAGGGACCCUUUCUGCCUACAGAGAUCUAGUUUGUGAUUUAUUUUUUAGUAAAACAAGAACAAAAGGAAAAAAAAAAAAAGCCAACUGACCUAACUCUUACCCUGUCUCCCCUCAAGAUGAUGCUAUUUGUGAGGAGCUGUCUGUAGAAACUGCCAACCUACAUGCUCACACAUCCUCACACCCUGCCAGCCCAGCUGGCCCCUGUGCUCGUGUUGUCCCCAUGUAGCACUUUGCUGCCCUGUUCCUCAGAGGCUUGAUGACCUGCUGCUUUCUAGGCACCGUGUCUUCCGUUUCCUACUCCUCACCUUCCUCUCCUGCCUUGCAUUUACCUGGCCAUAGGUUUGUACCCACCCAGCCUCAGAGAGAAAUGGACUCACCUGUGCCAUGCCUCGGGGCAUUCCUGGGGGUGGAGCUCUCCCUGCCACCUGCUAAGCUGGAGUGAGAACUUGCACCACUUGCCACGCUUCCUCCUCAUCGCUCUCCAAGUAUUAUCUCCUUGCAGCAACCGGCUCCAAAUGGAGGAGUGCACGAGUGGGGGAGAGCUUGAGAGGAGGAGAGACUGUCCUGAGCUGCAGUACAAGUACAUGAAGAUGGCCUCACUGAACACCAAAACUUUUUCUGUUGUUAUGUUGGAGCAUUGUACCAGAGACCUCUGCUGAGACCACGUGUAAAUACACCUGUACGGUAGCACAUGUAUGCGCAUGCUUGCUAAGGAAACACCAAGCAGCUCUGAGGGGGCAGAAGGGAGGGCUGCAGUCCAGGCAUCUUCCUGGAAUGGAUGUGUGCUUUUCCAAAGAGACAGCACCGAGAGGUACCCUCCCACCUCACCACACACACACACACACAUACACACAUAGGAGAUUGUCUUGUCUAAAACAGACCCACCUCUGCUUUCCUUCUUCUGGCUGGUUUUGUGUUUCCUGCCCACCUGCAUUUUUGUAUUCUGAAAGCAAAGUUGAGUGUUAUGUUCACCUUUUGGGGUGGGUAUUCUGUUCACUUGGGCUCUUCCACCUGUGUUAGAGGGAAGGGACUUUUUGGAGACCACUCACAUGAGGUCCCAUCUGUAUCUCUUACCUGUAUCUCUUACCUGUAUCUCUUACCCCUGUAUUCUUACCUCCAUCAGCCCUUCCUAUAGGAAAGCUGCCCAGAUACCAGACUCCAAGGUCUCUUCUCUCUCCCUCUCUAUCCCAGCUUCAAAGUGAGAGGAGGGGCAGAUCCUGAGAUAGAGAUGACAGCUCAGCUCUUCUGCUUUACUGGGGACAUUGAUGUGAAGGAAGACAGCAUUAAAAAUGGGCUGUGGAGGUAUUUUUAGAAAAAAAAAAUCUCUGUGCAGUAGGGAGGGGAAGGUAUUAAUUAGCUUAAAGGCUUUGGUCUCACUCACUCAUUCUAUCUCCCUUCGAGGUUUAAGAAGAUCAACUUUAGGAUUCUAAAAUAGGACAGAAUGCCUUUUAGGGCCUUUAUUUUUAUUUUAUUUUAUGAGGGAAAGACUGAAGUGCUCUUCCUUCCUGUGCAAGGCUAAGACAUGAGCAGUGAGUGCUGCUGAUGUAAUGGUAGGGUAAGGAAAGGCAGGAGUUGUUGCCAGUGGUGGGGAUGUGCAGAACGUCAGGACAAGGGGGACAGCAAAGACAGAUGCAGAAAACUUCUUUUAACCUUGUGGGGUAAAAGCCACACAGCAAUUUCCUUAGGGAUUGUGCCAGUGUGCUGAUCUCUGGGGCCAUUGCCAGUGACAAAAGCCACAGGGCAUCAGGGAUGGGCUUGGCUCCCCUCAGUGCUCCCUGGAUGCUUGCUGGCUGUGCUGGAAUGUUCAGGGAGAGAUUUCACACAUCUGACCUGGGCAGAAGCCCAGCUGGAGUUAGGGAAACAGACAGGGGCUGGAGUGACAGGUCUCCUGCACUUAGCCAGCCCUCCAGGGCAGGAGCCUGCUCACUUCCAGGUCCCCCUCAGUCUGAGCAUGACCCAUGGACCCAGCUGUGCCAAGAGUUCUGACUAGUUUGCUCAGCUGGGCACCAGGCUGCCACUUCUGUCUGCAGUAGCAAAUGUACCGACUGUGAGCCCACAAGCAGAGCCUCAGGGAAGACUGCAGAAGCAGAUGACAGAAAAGAUUGUAAGAAAACCCUGACUAGAAGCCCAGUCUCCCUCCAGAGCAGAGAAGCUCACUCCUAGCCAGCCCCCCAGGGCAGUUUGGAUGCUCUGCAUCCUGAACUGGGUGCUGGGAGAGGUCCUCACCCCUGGCCAGGGCUCAGCCCCUCACCCCCCAGCCAGCUGUGAGGCACAGCUGGCCUGGUCUGCUGCUGACUCCCUUCAGGGUGACACCCUGCUGCCUCACAGCAGCCAGAACCUCAUCUGAGCUGCCCAUGGCUUCCCAAGAGAGCAUGUGUGGCAUCUGCCAUUUUCUGGUCAUGCAGUGUGUGGCUGCUGUUGUUUUUGCUCACUGCUGCAGUGGAAUGGGUGUCCAGGAGGCACUGGCACUGUCCCCCCUUCCCAGUAGUUAUUUCACUGUCUGAGAGGAAUGGCAGCACUAGUUCAGGAUUGGUUGUUUUUUUUUUUUCCAGAGUGCAGUGUGCCAAUGAAGCUCUGUGUGUGUGUGUUAAAAUAAAUAAAUUAGAUUUUACUUGACAUUUAACACAAAGUGACAACAGCAAAAAACCUUAAGAUACUUGAGGAAAUAAUUUUUCUAGAUAAAAUAUUUAUAACAAUGCCUACGAAGUUCCUACACAAGAUGUUUGCUGCUUUAAUAAUUGAUUGGGAGAGCUACAAGGAUCUAAAGAGGAAAUAAAGAAACUGCUUAAGACUCCCUUCUCCAUGCUGGAUGAAGGGUAGAAGUGAGUGAACUGAAGUGCUGAGGUACCUGAGGCAAAGUAUUCUCUCAGGGCAAGCUGGUUCUGUUUCCCUGACCUUGCAAAGGCUACUGCUGGCCUUGAGCUUUGGACAGAGAAGCAAAUGUAGAUAACUCUUCUGUCUUCUAGCCUGCUGGCUACCAUGUGUUCUGCUGGGUUUAGCUGGAGAGGCACAAAACUGCUCUGUUCCAGCUUGUCAUGGAACAGGGGGGUCAAAAUUCCACUGUGGAGCCGAGCCCUUUGGA